AUGGCCACGUUUGUCUGCAGGGUUCAGUUUUUAGAUGACACCGAUCCGUUCAACAGCACCAAUUUCCCGGAACCGACUAGACCGCCGCUGUACACCUUCAGGGAGGAUAUCCCUCUCAUCAACCAGUUAGCAGGCAUCCACCGGCUCCUCAAGACUCCCCACAAGCUUGAUGACUGUACGCUGCAGCUCUCCCACAAUGGCACCUAUCUGGAUCUGGAGUCCUCUCUGGCCGAGCAAAAGGACGAGCUGGAGGGCUUUCAGCAGGAUGACACAGGGUCCAGAGGGAAGAAGCACAGCGUUAUCCUACGAACCCAGCUGACUGUCCGCGUGCACGCCUGCAUCGAAAGACUGUAUAAUUCCAAUGGACGUGACUUGAGGAGGGCACUGUUCUCUCUAAAGCAAAUAUUUCAGGAUGACAAAGAUCUGGUCCAUGAGUUUGUGAUGGCUGAAGGUCUGACGUGUCUCAUCAAGGUGGGAGCAGAAGCUGACCAGAACUACCAGAACUACAUACUAAGAGCUCUGGGGCAGAUCAUGCUGUACGUAGAUGGGAUGAACGGUGUCAUUGGGCAUGCUGAGACAAUCCAGUGGCUGUACACUCUUGUUGGCUCGAAGUUCCGUCUGGUGGUGAAAACAACUCUGAAGCUGUUGUUGGUGUUUGUGGAGUACUCCGAGUCCAAUGCCCCGCUGCUGAUAGAUGCCAUUACCUCUGUGGACACCAAGAGAGGAUGCAAGCCGUGGUCCAAUACUAUGGAGAUUUUGCAUGAGAAGGAUGGUGUGGACACAGAGCUGCUGGUUUAUGCCAUGACCCUCAUCAAUAAGACACUUGCAGCCCUGCCUGAUCAGGACUCGUUUUACGACAUGGUCGAUGGUCUGGAGGAACAAGGCAUGGAGACGGUGUCCCAAAGACAUCUGGGCCGGAAAGGCACAGAUCUGGACUUAGUAGAGCAGCUCAACAUCUAUGAGACGAGCCUACGGCAUGAAGAUGGUGACGAUGACAGCCAGCCUCCACCAACGGGACGCCGGGACCGCCGACGAGUCAGCCUCGGGGGCGGAGACAAAAAGUGUGGCCUGGAGAGAAGGCGGAGUCGCAGGGCCUCUCUCGGGCGAUCCGGUCAGGCCUCCCCCUGCAGCCCCGCGUCCCCACAGAGAGCCGGCUUUCAGCCUUUCCACGGACAGAGAGCUGAGGACACGAGCGAGAGCCCGGCCAGGCACCUUCCAAGCAUAGCUCACCGAACAACCGUCCAGUCCAUCACCAUCACUUCCAGAAAGGAGGAUAUAAAAGAAGAGGUGCAGAGGAAUCGGACUGAACCACCUCCGGCACCCACCCUGCACUCCCUACCUACUCCCACCUUCUCUCCCCCAGUCUCCUCCCCUCUCAGCCCCCCAGCACAACCCUCCUUUCUGGCCAGCCUGCUGGCGAGAAAGAGGCCCAUUGUCACUGUCCCGGCUACCAAGGAGGUCAGCCCACCAUCACGCGGCAGCUCCCGUCCUACCCCGGAACGCCUGCCUUACAUGCCCCACUCACCCUUCCACCUCUUCUCCUACGACCUCGAUGAGGAGCCGUCGCCCCCGGCUGCGCCCAAACCCAGCGAGGAAUCACCCAAAACGCCGUCUCCCAGGAAUGGAGGUCUCACGUCCUACUCCUCCCCAAGUACGCCCACCAGCUCCAGGCCUGCUUUGGGAGGACUUCUGUCCUCCUCCUACCGACAGCACCAGGAAUCUCUGGCGGCCGAGCGAGGGCGCCGCCGCUUGGAGAGAGAAGAGAGAUUGCAGCGGAUAGAGAGAGAGGAGAGGAACAAGCACAGCCGCGGCUAUGUGGAUAAGAUGGAAGAGGCCCGGCUUGCGCGGGAUGAGAGGUACAAGAACGUAGAGCGUCUGGCGGCGGAGGAGUUCGAGAGGGAGCACGUACGGGCGCCGAGGACUCGCCCUGACCUCAACCUGACCUUUGAACCCGCGGAGGCCUGGCCCUCGUCAUCGCGCAGCAGCACCCCGUCCUCCUUCGCCUCCCAGGAGGACGCAGAGGCUGACCUCGAGGCCGAGACCCCCGCCACCCCCUACCCGCCCUCUGAGACUGCAGAGGCUGAAGACUCCAGUGCCAGUGUCGAGUCAGAGGAACAAGAAGCCACUGCUGAAGAGGAGGAGGAGGAGGAACAGAAAGAGGAGGAAGCACAGGAGGAAGCAGCGGCAGAAAAGGAGGAGGAAGAGUUUGAGCAGGAACCGGAGAAGGAGAAAGAGGAGGCAGAGGAGGACAGCGGCAUCCUCAGCGACAAAGAACGCCAGAAUGAGGAAGUGAAUGAGAAGGACAACUGCUCGGCCUCCAGCAUCUCCUCCGCCAGCAGCACUCUGGAGAGAGAGGAGCGGGGGGGCAAUGACAAUGGCUUUAAGGAGCCAGAGGUGAACGGCCAGUGCAGCAAACUCCUCAACAGCAAGCUCUUCAUGCUGGACAUGCUGUACUCCCAGAACAAGAAGCCCAGUGAUGAGGAGGAGAAGGAUGAAGAAGAGGAUGUGGAGAAGGAGAAGGAGAAAGGAGAGGGGGAGGAGGACAAAGAAACUCAGGGGGACGCUGAUGUGCAACAGGGCGACGACCCGGAGGGCGACCACAAGGCUGACAAAUCAGACCUCCACAGGACCAUCCGACCCUUCGCCGAGCGGUUUGGAGAGUUGAUCAAGGACCUCGGUUCGAGCCCCCCUCUCCCGAGUGUCCCGGCCAACGAGCCCCCUCCUCCCCCACCUCCCCCACCCAAAAAGGAAUCGGACACGAUCUGGGACCAGCUCCUGGCCAGCCCUCGAGAGCUGCGCAUCGGGGACAUCAACUUCACCGACCUGACGGAGGAAGACGACAAAGACAUUCUGGAUGCUGUGUUGAUGGGAGGAUGCAGUGACCACCCACCCCCGCCGCCUCCUCCACCCUGCCUCCCCCGCUUCCCUCCACCCCCACCCAUGCUAGGCGGCUGCCCCCCACCCCCUCCCUUGAUUGGGAUGAUGCCGCGGCCAACCUUUAGCUCCUCGAUUCCAGUGCCUCCUCCCCCGGAGCCGCCACUUUUCAAUAAGAAGAAGAAGACAAUCAGGCUCUUCUGGAGCGAGGUGCGUCCGACAGAUUCUCAGUACAGGGACGUCAAGCGGAGGGGAGACACGUUCUGGUCCAAACUGGAAACGGUGAAAAUUGACACGGCCAAACUGGAACACCUGUUUGAGUCUAAAUCAAAGGAAAUACCAGUGACAAAGAAAACAGCAGCGGACGGCAAGCGUCAGGAGAUCAUCGUCUUGGAUUCCAAGAGGAGUAACGCCAUCAACAUCGGUCUGACGGUGCUGCCUCCUCCUCGCACCAUCAAGACGGCCAUCCUGAACUUUGACGAGUACGCGCUCAACAAGGAGGGCAUCGAGAAAAUCCUAACGAUGAUCCCCACGGAGGAGGAGAAGCAGAAGAUCCAGGAGGCCCAGCUGGCCAACCCCGAUGUCCCGCUGGGCUCAGCAGAGCAGUUCCUCCUCACUCUGUCCUCCAUCAGCGAGCUCUCUGCGAGGCUCCAACUCUGGGCCUUCAAGAUGGACUACGAGGCGAUCCAGAAGGAAGUUGCAGAGCCGCUGCAGGAUCUGAAAGAGGGCAUGGAACAGCUGGAGAAGAACAAGACUCUCCGCUACAUCCUCUCCACACUGCUCUCCAUGGGAAACUUUCUCAAUGGCACCAAUGCUAAAGGCUUUGAGUUGGCGUAUUUGGAGAAGGUUCCAGAGGUGAAGGACACGGUCCAUAAGCAGUCUCUGCUGCAUCACGCCUGCUCCGUGGUGGUAGAGAACUUCCCUCAGAGCACCGACCUCUACUCCGAGAUCGGAGCCAUCACGCGAUCUGCAAAGGUGGAUUUUGACCAGCUGCAGGAGAACCUGUGCCAGAUGGAGCGGCGCUGCAAAGCCUCAUGGGACCACCUGAAGGUGAUCGCCAAGCAUGAGAUGAAGCCCCAGCUGAAGCAGAAGAUGUCCGACUUCCUCAAAGACUGCGCUGAGAGGAUUAUCAUCCUCAAGAUCGUUCACCGCAGGGUCAUCAACAGGUUCCAUUCAUUCCUGUUUUUCCUCGGCCAUCCGGCCUACAGCGUGAGAGACGUCAGCGUCCACAGGUUUAGUAAAAUCCUCAGCGAGUUUGCGCUGGAGUACCGAACCACCCGAGACCGCGUGCUGCAGCAGAAACAGAAGCGAGCCGACCACCGAGAACGCAACAAGACCCGAGGGAAGAUGAUCAUAGACGUCAACGCACCUUCUGAUGAUGAAGAGGAGAGUGAGUGUGGUCGGAAUGGCUCCGGCGGCGGUAACGGUGCCCCCGGCGGUGGCCAGGAGGCGGAGCAUCCUCCGGGUUUGGGCCACAGUGAGGACGUUGCGGAGCACGAGCACAUGAAAGCCGUGCUGAGAACCAGCCUCAGCGGCGGCGACAAGGAGGCCAGCGGGGUGCCGGGGCUUCGGACACGGACAAGAUCCCGGCCUGGACGGGGAGGUCGCAGUAUGCCGGCAUGGACUCCACCCGUGGAAGACUCUCAGAUCUGUGGAGACGACUCUGCAGACGAGAUCAUGGAGCGCAUAGUGAGGUCGGCCACUCAGGGUCCAGGAACCAGAGCCCAGCCCAGAGAGAGGAGGAGGUCCAGGGCCAACCGCAAGUCCUUGAGGCGGACUCUGAAGAGCGGCCUGACCCCAGAGGAAGCUCUUGCUUUAGGACUUUCCGACUCUCCGGAUCCAGAAAUGUAGUCAUCCAACC